AUGGCUGCUGAUAUCAUGGAGCAUGACUAUGAAAACCACUUCUGGGGUGAAAAACAUCUUGGAUUUCAUGUUUUGUACGAGAAUAUGAAACAUGGUGAAGAUACCGUAAAUGAGAUAGGGCAGUUUCUCAAGGAACGUCUUGCCAUGGAAGAAGAGUACAGUAAGAUGUUCAACAAGAGUAUGAAUCGAGUAAGUUGA